AUGGAGGUAACCAGCGGAGCUGAGGAGGCGUUUGUACGCGAGUGGAUGCCUUGCUCGCACAUAUUGAAUCUGAUACCACUUCGCGUUCAGAAUGGUUUGUUUUCCAACGAGUUGUGCCUGACUUGUGUGGACGCCGUUAGCGAAUACAUCGCACUAGGCACCAACGCGGGCAUGGUGUACUGGUACGACCGGAAAAAAGGCAACAUUCAGCGGCUGCGUUGUGAGGCUUCAACAAGUCCCAUAACAUAUGUGAAGAUAGUGAACACAGUGGACUACAUGGUGGGGGCUGGCAAUGAAGCUGGUCAGGUGACUGUGUUCCAAAUCCCCAAAGAACACCCGGAAAAUGUGCCAGACUCAUUGAAACCCAAAGUUGAACCGAAGGUUGAAAGGUAUACAAUAGGAGAUCUUCACAAAAGCAAAAUCACAGCAAUCGAGUGGUCCAAAAAUGGGAUGCGGCUGUUCUCCGGUGAUAAGAACGGCGUCAUUAUCAUGACUGAAAUUGACUUCUAUAUG